AUGGAAGAGUAAGUGUACAUAUCAGAGGAGGGAAUGAAACAUAUUCUUUAAACAUUUGAUCCUAAAGACCCUCAUAAAAAUAUAUUAUGGACAACCAAUUAUAAAAUGGAAUUACCUUUAAGAAUUAGAAAAUCUGGAUCAGGAAGUGAAAUACCAAUAACUCUUCCAGAACAAUUCAAAAUUGAUUGCACUUAAUUUGCAAAAUAGCCUGCUUUAAGUGUAAAAAGGAAUAAUAAAUGGUAUAAAUAGAUAAUCUAUAUAUAAUCAGGAUAACAAGAACAUAUUAAGAAUAUUAUAAUGAAUCAUUAUAAUUUGCAAAAGCAUUAAUAGCUUAUGGAAUUAGUGAGAUGAGUGCAAUCAAUAUAAUUGGAUUUAAUGCUCCUGAAUGGUUCAUUUCUUUCAUGGGUAGUGUACAUUCACACAAUUUACCAGUUGGUAUAUAUACUACGUAUUAGAAUCAUUAAAAUGAAAUAGCAAUAAUCCCGAAGCUUGUUUUUAUGUUUCAGAACAUUCAGAAUGUGAACUUGUAGUAGUAGAUACAAGAGAAUAAUUAAAUAAGUAUUUAUAAAUAUGGGAUAAAUUGCCAAAACUCAAAGGUAUUGUAAUGUAUAAUGAUGAAAUACCAAAAGAUGGAAUUAGUGAAUAAAGAAAAUAAUAAAUAUUUAAAUGGAAAGAUUUUCUAGAGUUUGGAAAUAAACCAGAAUUACUAAAUUAAGUAAUGGAGAGAGUAUCAAAGUUACGUCCUGGAAAUUGUGUGACUUUGAUUUAUACUUCAGGAACAACUGGAAAUCCAAAAGGAGUUAUGUUAUCUCAUGAUAAUUAUGUGUUUACUAUUACAUAAUAGAGAAAGAAAUAUUAAUUUCCAGAUUCUGAAGUAAUGAGAAUUGUAAGUUAUCUUCCAUUAAGUCAUGUGGCAGCAUAAUUAAUUGAUAUUAUUGGAAGUUGUAGAUGGGGUGCACAUAUAUAUUUUGCUAAUCCAGAUGCUUUAUCAGGUUCACUCAUUAACACUCUUAAGGAAGUGAGACCAACUAUGUUUUUUAGUGUACCAAGAGUAUGGGAGAAGAUUUAUGAUUAAAUGUAAUUAAUAGCUAAAUCUAAUGGGGCAAUCAAAACAAAAAUUGCUACAUGGGCUAAAUCUAUAGGAAAAGAGGGAACAUUUGCUUAAACUCAUGGAUUGAAACCUCCUCUAUGUUUUGGAUUGGCUGAUAAAUUAGUUUAUAGUAAUGUUAAAAAGGCAUUGGGAUUAGAUUAAGCAAAAUAUUUAAUUUUUGGAGCAGCUCCAUUAUCACCUGUUAUAAGGGAAUAUUUCUUAUCUUUGAAUAUGUAUUUAAUUAAUGGAUAUGGAAUGAGUGAAUGUGGUGGAGUUACAACAUUAGCAGAACCAUUACAUUUUGAUAAAUUUGAUGAUUUCUUUAUGAGUAGCACUGGUAAAACUAUGGAAGGAACUGAAUUGAAAAUAGAUUAACCAGAUAAAGAUGGAAAUGGAGAGAUUUGUUAUAGAGGGAGACAUAUUUUUAUGGGAUAUUUUAAGGAUGAAGAAUCAACUAGAAAUACUAUUGAUAAAGAUAGAUGGUUACAUUCUGGUGAUGUAGGUAAAUUAGAUAAUAAAGGAAAUUUAACUAUAACUGGAAGGAUUAAAGAAUUAAUUAUUACUGCAGGUGGUGAAAAUGUAGCACCAGUAUUGAUUGAAAAUGAAUUCAAAAAGACAAUUCCAAUAAUAUCUAAUUGUAUGGUUAUUGGUGAUAAAAGAAAAUAUCUUUCUAUUUUAUUAACAUUAAAACAUUAACUUAAACCUGAUGGAACGUAAUUAUUUAAUUUUUAUCAUAUUAAAUAGACCAACUGAUUAAUUACAUAGUGAUGUUAUUUAAAUCUUUAAGGAACUAGGUUCAAAUGCUAUGAAUUUAGAAGAAGCCAAAAAAGAUCCCAUUAUUUCAAAUUAUUUAUAAAAAUUAGUAGAUGAUGCAAAUACUAGGUAAUCAUUAAUGUAAAUAUAUUAGAGUCAUUUCUAAAGCCUAAUACAUUAGAAAAUGGACUCUCAUUCCUAGUGAUUUCAGUGUUGAUGGAGGAGAAUUAACUCCAACUCUCAAAUUAAAAAGAAGAGUAGUUGAACAAAAGUGGAUCAAUGAAAUUGAGAAAAUGUACUAAGAUGCAAAAUUAUGA